AUGUUCCUCGCCCCUAGCAGAUCCGCAACAGCCCAAGCUCGUAGCGCGUUGGCCGCCGAGAAAGCAAUACAGUUUACUUUAAAGAGAUACUACUUUAUCGUAUUCGACAGUAUAAAGUCGAUCGCCAACUCGGUACUUCUAGUCCCCAUAAGUCUCAGCCAUCGGCGGUGCACUCCGGCUCCCGAGUCCUUGCAGACAACUGCUGUGCUCAGUGAUCAGGGCAAAAUAAAACAUAUCUGCUGA